UCGUCUCAGGCGCCGCCCACAUCCCUCCGGUGACCACGCCCCCCUCUUUGGCAGUGUGCGAAUAAUCACAGCAGAGGCAGAUCUGACGGUCAGACCGUGGUACGGAGCCUCUGCUGUCAGUGCAUCACCGGAGCUCCCUCCCGACGACGUCUUCGACCGGGGGGCAACAUGAAGCGGAGCCACAACUACAGUUCAUCGGACAGCGACCUGGACGACAGUGUCGAGGUGGAGAAAGAGAGUGGCGACGAAAAUGGACACAUUGAUUCUCACAGCUCGAUGUCACCCUCCACAACCACACAAGUUCAAGCCAGGAAAAGGCGCAGAGGGAUUAUUGAGAAACGAAGACGUGACCGAAUCAAUAACAGCCUUUCAGAGCUGAGGAGAUUGGUGCCGAGUGCCUUUGAGAAACAGGGAUCAGCCAAACUGGAGAAAGCAGAAAUAUUGCAAAUGACAGUUGACCAUUUGAAAAUGCUUCAUGCAUCUGGUGGCAAAGGUUACUUUGAAGCUCAUGCUCUUGCUAAGGAUUACCGCAGCCUGGGCUUCAGGGAGUGUCUGGCAGAGGCAGCUCGCUACCUGAGCAUCAUCGAGGGUCGGGACGGCACAGACCCCCUCCGUGUACGCUUGGUGUCCCACCUCAGCAACUGUGCCUCUCAGCGGGAGGUGCACACUGGACUGGAACACUUGGCCUGGGGCUCUGCCUACGGAUCAGCCCCUGCCCAUUUCUCCCACUCCCUCCUCCUACAACACCCCCAGGGCAGGACACCUGCAUCCAGGAGCAACAGUAGCCCACCCUCCUCCUCCUCCUCCUCCUCCCCUUCUUCUUCAUCUUCCUCAUCCUCCAUUGAGGCAUCUGGGACAUCCAGACUCAGUGUCAUGCCCCCCACAGAGUGCCUCAGGGUAUCUCCCAACAGCUCGCUGCCCUUCAGUUUGCCUGUGCCAACAUCCAAGCUUUCGACACCGCUCCUCUCAUCUCUCUCCUCGCUCUCGGCCUUCCCCCUCUCCUUCGGUACUUUCCCUCUUGUCUCCCCGGCUGCCCUCGGCACUGUGAGCCCCUCCUCCACCCUGUCAAAGCCGUACAGGCCUUGGGGCACGGAGAUUGGGGCCUUCUGACGUUAACAACUGGACUGAAGGCAACAGCUGAGCUGUGCCCACCAUAUCAGACUGGGCAGGACAACAUGCCUCAUCUGUUUUUAUAGUAAUAAAACACGGGGGGGAGGGAGAAAACUGAUUUUAUUUUAUUAAGUAUAAAGAUGAGUGUAAAAGGUCGCUGAAAGAUGUUAAUGUCAAGAUGUUCUACUCAGUGUCAUUAUCAAGAAAGAAAUUCAAAAAAAAAAAAUUCUUAUUAGUUUAAACUAAUUCUAGUUAAUAUGCACUGUCUCCAGGUUGAGGACUGAUAUGAUUAUAUAAUGUGUGGGCCAUACGUAGAUUUACUGUGAGCACACAUUUAUAGGAAAUACUUUUGUUGACCAGAUACUGAAACGUCUACAUUUGUCAAGCACGGACUAUUGCAUUUAAUAUAAUUAGAGUGACUCAAUUUGGUCUGCUUCUUUAGUUGUGUGAGAUCUCGUGGAAAUGAAUAUGCAUAUUGUAUGUGCCAUUGACGGUAAAAAAAACUAACUACUUGAGAAUUGGAAACUACUAUUCUUGUAUCUAUAUGUUAUGUUUUUGGACCAAUAAAUUGAUUGAAAAAGUA